AUGCUGUUUUUAUUAUGUAUUAUGGGCAUCGCCCUAUCGAUUCACAUUAAUAAUCAUGGUAAUUUUGUUGAUGAACCAAGAGCUGCAUUAUUUUUCAUCAGAAUGAAGUAAUCAGAAUAUUCCAUGACCAUAAUGUAGACUUCAUACCAGCUCCACAUUUCAUCAUAAUUGAUCAUCUCGGCAUUAUGA